AUGGAUUCGAUGCCGUUUAAUUAUAAUAUGGAGGAGGGGAAACCUAUAUUCACGACUGCAGGUGACACACCAGCAACAACGACUACUGAAAGUUUCGUAGCUCCCGGUAACAGAAACCAUAAUCACUCUCAAGACAGUGUUUUCUCACCGUUAGCAACACCAUUCCAGAGUCGGGUAGGCAACGAAUUGUUGAAUAUGAUGCAGCAAGAACCCCGUCCAGCGGAUACAGCACCGACCACAACAGGGAUGGAAGAAGUCUUGCUGAACCUUCGCCUCAAUAGCUCUGAAUUACUCUUUGACGACAUCGAGCACAAUACUCAGAAUUACUUCAUGAACGGCAAUAGGUCUGAGCCAGUGCCGCCGCCUCAUACCAACAUUUGGAACGAACAUUCCGGUGUAUCAGGAGCUAGAAACGGAGAAAUGGUGGACACGUUUGAUUUCCUGAUAAAAAGCUUGUCAUCUGCCAACAACUACGUGUCAAUGCUGACCAGGGAGCAGCUAUCGGUGCUUCGUUCUAUCCGCCCCAGUCUGCUCUAUGAGUUCCUGCAGGAGGUGGCAAAAGUGCGCAGUGAUAAGCGUUCCAGGCGCGCCCUGCCAAAUGAGUGUGCGUUCUGCAAAAACAACGGCGAAAAUGAGGAGUGCUAUUCGUCACACGCACUGAAGGACUGGCGCGGGCGCGUGCUGUGCCCCGUGCUGCGCGCCUUCCGUUGUCCGCGCUGUGGCGCCACCGGAGACCGUGCGCAUACCAUUAAGUACUGCCCCGAGAAUUCUGACAACGGUUUGGACCGUACUGGUGGACUGUUAUCCCGGCGCCGCAUUCCGUCGUCUACGUCAUUGUUGCUAAACGGUCCGGGGCGCAUGCCGCAGGGCUGCAACACUGCUCCGGCCACGCCAGCACCAUCGCCCUCCCCCACUACGGCAAACCUUACACACUCUUCCCUAUGGUCAACAUUUAACAUGAACUAA